CACGGAAAGCCCCUGCCUCCGGAGAAGGACUCGAGACGACACCGUGCCCUACAAGUUGAUCUCUUACAGGCGAACAAGACUGACAUCGCUAUGCAGACUGACCCCUGUCCGGCUCUAGUGCCGACACUGUGGGGAAAACAGGACGCCGGUACGCAGUACCAGAGCGUGGAUGUCAACGUGCCGGUGAGCUUCUUUCGCAGUUCCCGACAGAUUGUUGUUCAGCAGUGA